CUGCCCCGGCUCCACCGCCGCCCGAGCCCUGCCCCUCCUGGACGCGCUGGUGCCGGGCUGCUCCUGAAGCAGGGUGGUACUGGGGCAAUAUGAGUGUUGCUGAAGCUAAAGAGAGAUUACAAGAUGCCCCUGAAGGGACUUUCUUGGUUAGAGACAGCUCACAUUCAGAGUACCUAUUGACUAUCUCAGUGAAAACAUCCGCAGGACCAACAAAUCUGCGUAUAGAAUAUCAGGACGGCAAAUUCAGGCUGGACUCUAUCACCUGUGUCAGAUCAAGGCUUAAACAGUUCAACAGUGUGGUCCAUCUGAUUGAGUACUAUGUCCUCAUGUGCAAGGAUAGAAGUGGGUCUGAAACAACGUCAAAUGGAACCGUGCAUCUUUAUUUGAACAAACCCCUCUAUACUUCAGCUCCAUCCCUGCAACACCGCUGUAGGAUAACUAUAAACAAAUACACAAGUAAGAUCUGGGAACUGCCUUUACCGACAAGACUAAAAGAGUACUUGAAAGAGUAUCAAUACCAGGAUUACAGUUAUUGGUGCACAGGAAAGAAGAACUUGUCCAUUUUGUGGUUUUCUUGCAUCUUUCAUUUAGGAGAAUCACAAGCACUCAGACCAGAUGGCAGUAGGCUUGCUGUGACUGCCUACGUCUCCAUCAAGUCAAGACAUUCUGACAACACAGCAGCUCUUUUCUCCCAUUCAUGGUCCCCAGAUACAGUAUGUGCUACAUUUGACCUUAAAAAGUAAAUUAGGUUAGAAAAAGCAAACAGAUUACGUCCCUGCAGCACAUGUGGUAUCUGACACCAACACUCACUCAAAAGAAAAUAGUGUCAUAAUAAUAUGUGAUAGGAAAUAACAUUAAGUCACACUACUGAAUCUGUGUAUCAUAAGUUUCUGUCAUUUAUUAUAUUUUCAGAUAUCUGGAAAUAAACAACUGAUGCUGAAAGAAAUGUGUUCAUAUUUGAUAAGCUAUUAAUAAUUAUUAGAGGGUACUGUUUUGCAUAUGGUAUGUGUGGUAUAGCAAAUGCAGUGUCAAGAUACCAAAAUAUUUGUUAUAGGAGUGGAUUUUGUUUUACCAACGUUGCUCUUCUAUGUAAACGUAGCUUCAUUUUAAGUUUGAUGAAAUUGUUUAGUUGAGUGCAAAGAAGCUAAAUAUAUGUAAUACUUAAUUUGGUAUAGCUGUAUAUGUAGUACAGGAAGACACCAGCAUCUGGAUGAGGUAACAUACACUUGCAGAAGUCACUAUUCUAAUGAGUAAUGUGUUCAAAUAUUUCUGUUAUUAAAACUUCAGUGGUUUUGGAAGAAAAUAACGGAAGAGUAAUAUCCAUUUGAGUUAAGGUUUGGUUUGGUUAUUUGUUUAUAAAAUCUCAUUAGCAACAGAAAAAGAACCUAUGUGUAGGUAAGGGGAUGACCCUGUGUAUUUCUGAGCACCAUCAAUACCCAUCAACCUCCUUGAGUGGAGGAAGGCUUUACUUCUUGUAAGGGAGCUCUUACAGCUUCAGGCCCAAACAGCAUUGGAGCAAUAGUAUACAAAUGAUACAUUCAUGGAUAGUACAAAUAACCUACUGAGUAGGGGUGUGCGAAGCAGGCCUUAUUCGAUUCGGAUUCGGGCCGAAU